GAUUUCUGACGUGUCGGUUGUCAGAGUUAACAUCAGUGUUGUCAAAAUGAUCGCCGACGGAAGGGUGCGAUCUAAAUAAUAGACAUAAAAUACUUAUAAAACGAUUCCUCUCAAUAAUGGUGCCUUCAUAAUCCAGUGCUAAAUAACAGCUAUCAUGGACAAAGAUUCUGUGGAGUUUACUCUACCACCAGCCCCGCGGGGACUGUGCUUCGAUAGGAAUGAUUUUGUCAAGACAAAUUUUUCUGUCGACAACUUUUUGGCUGAGCAUCAAAAUGUGGCUUCCUUGGAGACUAUGCGGGACGACCUGGGAAUGUACUUGAAAGUACUUAGACUGGCCAUGAUAGAACUUAUAAACAAGGAUUAUGCGAAUUUUGUCAAUUUAUGUGCCACACUCAUCGGCUUUGAUAAGGCGAUCGACAAGAUACAAGUGCCCCUUGGACAACUGAAUGAAGAACUUUUGAGUGUCAAACAAUGUUUAGAAGAUGCCAUGAAGGAGCUCUCGAUGUGGUUAAAUCAGAGACAUGGUCUUCAAAAAAAGAAGCAACUCCUCAAAUAUUAUAGCCAAACUGUUAAUUGCAUAAAAACUUUGGAGAUUAUACUUCAAAACAUUUCAGAAAAGAAAGUUCAAGAACAGGUAGCAUUGACAGACCGAGCUGCCAUGCAGUACAACCAACUGAAGUUCAGCAUAGCCAAGUGUGACAGCUUGAUGAAGUCAGAACAAAAAAAUAAGUUUAACAAUGUUGGCAGCAAACUGGUACAAUCUCUAAAUGAUUUACUUUUUCAAUUUUGGAAUGGAAAUGAUGCAGAUAACUUACUCAAGAUAUUAGUAACACUUACAUCGCUUGACCUCAUUCCUGAAACUGAAACACUUAUAAGAAAGCAAGCAGUGGCACCGCUGCUUCAGGAUAUCAUCAGUGAAUCAUCCCUCCAGAGAAGUGCUGAUGGCCUUGAAGGAAUCUACAAUAAAAUCUUGUCUUUAUUAGACACAAAACUCAAGCUAUUUCUCACAACAACAGAACAUUCCAAGUUGACAUUUCUUGUGAAAAAAUAUAGAUUUUUAGUGAACUGCUUUUGGUGCGAAGUGGAGUCUAGACUUGAGGUGAACUUAGCUUCUAUUUUUGCUCCUGGCAACCCUCAAAUAUUUUACCAGAGAUACAAUGAAAGCAUGCAAUUUGUCAAGAAGCUGGAAGGGUAUUGUAUUGAUAAGGAAACUGUGAGAUUAUUGCAUGAGACAGCUGAAUAUAAAAGCUUUCAAAGGAGGUGGAAUCUGCCAGUUUAUUUUCAGAUACGGUUUCAGGAAAUUGCUGGAACUUAUGAAUCAACAUUGCACAGUAGCCCAUCAGUUGAAAACGGCAAUGGUUUCAUUCUGAAAGAGACGCAGGCAUGCUGGAAGGCCCUGCAAGAUUGCUGGAGCGAUGGAGUGUAUAUAGAGGCCAUUGCGCACAAAUUUUGGAAGCUCUCGUUACAAUUACUGUCGAGAUAUGCACACUGGGCUAGUGAAUUUUGUAUGCAGGGGGAUGGGUUAUCUUCCAAGAUUGAACCAACAAGUGUAAAUAAGAUUUUAAUAGAUAACAGUAUUAGUAUCUAUGCAGACUUACAAGCCUUACUGCAAAGAUUGCCUCAGUUUCUACUUCUUGUAGAAGCGAAAAUUAGUACCAAAGCUAUAGAUCUUCUAAGACCCAGCUUGAUCCAAUCCGAAAAUGUGUUGAAAGCAACUAAUGAUAAAAUAAAGAAUUGUAUUGUCAAUGAAAUGUCAGAAUAUUACAAAGUGCAGUUGAAACAAGUCAGCGAUAUUCCAAGAUUGUACAGAAAGACCAACAGGAGUGUACCAUCCAAGCCUUGUGGAUAUAUUGACGUUGUGUCCAACUCCAUACAUGAAUUUAACGAAGACGCGUCGAAGAGGUUGGACAAUGCUUUUUUGAUAGAUUUAUAUCAAUCACUAUUUAAUGUUUUGACUAUUUCAUAUUACAAAUACGUCGAGGAUGUACUGACCUCUGUUCAGAAAACUGAAGACUCUCUUAGAAGACUGAAGCAGAUACGAGACAAGAUGUCAUAUCAAAGCAGCAGUACCAACAUCAUCACAGACGGAGACAAGAUCAGGCUACAAGUCAACGUAGAUGUAGUCUCCUAUGGCCACAUGGCUGAGAGCUUGCAGGUUGAUGUACAUAGUGUGCACAAGUUCACAGAACUACUAUCUAUGGUCACAGAAAGUGUAAAAAAUAUAGAUAUUAAAUGAUAUGCCCAGUUAUAUAUUA